AGAACAAUGUGAUUAGUGGGAAUAAGGUGUAUGAUGGAAAUACUCUGAUGGAUUUCGCCAUUUGGUCCAAUGCCCAGAAAUCAGUGUUACCCAGACAUGAUCAUGCUGCCUUGUACACGGGGUAUAAUCUGGCAGAAACAUCGACAGAUGACAGAACUAUAGGUAUUGCCUAUCUGUCCAGAGUAUGCAAUUCUUACGCAGCAUCCGUUAAUGAGGAAACAUUUAACGCCAUCGCAAUUCACAUAGGUGCUCACGAGCUUGGUCACAGCAUUGGUGCAUCACAUGACACGGGGGCGUGUCCUUCCAGUAAUUUUAAUUUAAUGGCGGGAAUUUUACCAAAUCCGGCCAAUCUUAGUCCCGACAUGGCACUAAACACUUACAAAUUCUCGGCUUGCUCAAGAGCAGCAAUUGGGACCUACGUUAGCGGUUUACUUGAAAAUUGUUUGAGUAACAUGCCACCAUAUUUGGAUGUGGUCACUCGAGAGAGUCAAGCCUUCACAGCAGACGAACAAUGCGCGAUGACGUAUGCACCAUCUGUUGGUUCCACAGUCUGUCGGGAAACGUAUACUGGUACUAUACUCAAGUGGUCAGAGAUUUGCCACAAACUACGAUGUCGUAUUCCAGGAAGUACUUCAUGCUCGGCCCAUUUUACGUUUGAUGGAACAGCAUGUGGUAAUUACAAGUGGUGCCAGCUCGGACAGUGUGUCAGUUCUACAAAAGCUCUGGAUGUGCCAGACAACUGUCCACUUGGUGAUGACCCCAGCUAUAACUGUGAUGCCUCUCUGUGUAGUCAGUACUCACAAAAUGUCCGAGAGGGGAGUUGUUGUCAAACAUGUUUAAUUGGAACUAAAACAACUAAUAUACCAACGACCACGACAACAACAACACUGACAACUACAACAACGCCUAUUACGACCACAACAACAACAACGAAAACAACAACGCCCACUACAACAACAGCGCCCACAACAACAACAACGCCUAUAACGACCACAACACCUACUACAACAACAACGCCCACAACAACAACGACUACAACAACAACAAUGCCUACAACGACCACGACACCAACUACAACAGCAACACCUACAACAACAACAACGCCUAUAACGACAACAACACCUACUACAACAACGCCCACAACAACU